AUGAUUGAGUGGAAAUUCACUGGAGCCUUGGCCCCUUGGAAAGAUGGCAUUUAUGAGCGCCUGAUAGGUAUAACAAAAAAUUCUCUUCGUUGCGCAAUUGGUCGACGAAAAGUUAGUGAUUCAGAGUUGCGAACUCUGUUAUCAGAAGUAGAAGGAACAAUAAAUGAACGCCUCUGGCUUAUCGAUUCAAUGGAUAUCUUGCGACCGAUUGAUUUUUUGUUACCAAGGGCUUUUCUAAUUCUUGAUGUGCCCUCGGAAGGGGGCAUCGCGAAGGCUGACCCACUUGGGCUAAGUAAUCGAGAAAAACUGUUGUUGCAAUGGAACAGAACACAGCAGUGUUUAGCUGUCUUUUGGAAGUUUUGGCAAAGAGACUACUUGAACGUGCUUUGCGAACGCACACAGCGCUUCCGUAAAGGACCUCAUAGUCAAACCCUUCGACCACCUAGAAUUGGUGAGAAGAAAAAAUGCCUCGCGGGUCUUGUUAAAAUUACACAGCUCAAUCAAGGCCUUGAUAAUCAGAUUAGCAAAGUUGAAUUACAGACACAAGCAGGUCAAAAAAUAUGUCGGCCUAUUUCUUUACUGUAUCCACUGGGAAUUACGGAAACCGUAGAAGAAGAUCCCAAAGCCUUGAUCUCGCAAGUUGACCCCAAUUUGGACGUUUCCGAUUCAGAUACUGAUGAAGUGUCACCGCAUUUUACUAAAACAGUGGUUCAGAAGGUUCAUUCUGCUCAUUUCGGGAAGAAAUCUAACAGACCUCGUGGCCAAUACCCAUUUUUUCUUUCGUAG